GCGGAUAUAGGGAAUGCAGGGUCCAGGGAGAGCGGAUAUAGUGAAUGCGGGGUCCGGGGAGACCAGAUAUAGUGAAUGCAGGGGUCCGGGAAGAGCGGAUAUAGUGAAUGCAGGGUCCAGGGAGAGUGGAUAUAGUGAAUGCAGGGUCCAGGGAGAGUGGAUAUAGUGAAUGCAGGGUCCGGGGAGAGCAGAUAUAGUGAAUGCAGGGUCCGGGGAGACCGGAUAUAGUGAGUGCAGGGUCCGGGGAGAGCGGAUAUAGUGAAUGCAGGGGUCCGGGGAGAGCGGAUAUAGUGAAUGCGGGGUCCGGGGAGAGCGGAUAUAGUGAAUGCGGGGUCCGGGGAGAGCGGAUAUAGUGAAUGCAGGGUCCGAGGAGA